CAAAACCAGAGUAUUACAAACAGAAAGCAAAUUAGUAAUGUCUCGGGGGUAGUGGGAUUAACAAGUGUUUUUUUUUCUUUUUUUUUUUUUUUUUUUUACAAGCUUUGGAGACGGUCAUGUGAUUGUAACGUAACCCGACCGGAAAACACCGACCAUCGCCGCCAAUGCUGAGUUUAGAGGCACAGAGCAGCUGCAAGCUCAACGGACAAGUCCCCGGUAACAAACAACAACAAAGCACAAAACUACAGGAGCUACACAGAGCACAAGAUAGCUCAUGCGUUUUGUAGGUGAAGCAUGGAGCUGGCCAACCAUGGUCUCAUCCUCCUACAGCAACUGAAUGCUCAGAGGGAGUUUGGGUUCCUGUGUGACUGCACUGUGGCUAUCGGUGAUGUCUUCUUCAAGGCUCACAAAUCUGUUCUUGCUGCCUUCUCCAACUACUUCAGAAUGCUCUUCAUUCACCAGGACAGUGACUGUGUCCGACUAAAGCCAGCAGACAUACAGCCUGAUAUCUUUAGCUACCUCCUGAAUCUGAUGUACACAGGGAAGCUGGCUCCGCAGCUCAUUGACCCAGUCCGACUGGAGCAGGGUGUGAAAUUUCUGCAUGCCUAUCCACUGUUACAAGAGGCCAGCCUGGCUGGACAAGGUGUAUUUCCACACCCUGAACAGCUUUUUCCGUUGGCCACUUCUCUUUAUGGCAUUCAGAUUUCAGAUAAACAGACAGGCCUCCCCAGCAGACUAAGUGCACCCAAAGCACUUUCUACAACCUUUGACCAGGAACAGCUUUUGGAGGGUAACCAGGGUAACCAGCUUGUCUCUGAAUCCAGACAAGUCCAGGCCAUUCAGGAAGCAGAUGCUUCUAGUGCUAAUCCUUCCACAGAAGAGGUGCAGGGCUUGGAUGCACCUGCUGCCGACGAAAAUCCUGCUGCAAACACCAUUCUCCACGUCAAGCCCAGUAUUAUGAAGAGAAACUCCUCUUUCCGCAAACAUUAUUCGUGCCAUCUUUGCAGCAGGCGUUUCAACCAGCGGAGCUCCCUGCGGGAACACCUUCUGCUUCACUCUCAGUUGUUGUUUCCAUCAGCGACCAGCCUAGCCGAGGCAAGCGUGUCCCCAAUGCUGAGCAACAGCGCUCCAGAACCAGCCGGGGAGCCAGACGACACCCCCAAGGGAGGAGGUGACAUCAUUAGCGACGGGGAGCUUCAGCUGGCCACUGAUUCCCCAAGAAUGGAGGGUCUGCAGCCCCAGGCAGAGACGCCACCUCCCUCGGACAUUGCAGACAUUGACAACCUGGAGAGCAUGGACCUGGAGCGAGAGGUCAAGAGGCGGAAAUAUGAAUGCUCCACAUGUGGCCGCAAGUUUAUUCAGAAGAGUCACUGGCGGGAGCACAUGUACAUUCACACUGGCAAACCUUACAAGUGCAGCGCCUGCGGCAAAAGCUUCUGCCGGGCGAACCAAGCCGCCAGACACGUGUGCCUUAACCAGAGCGCUGAAUCAUAUACAGUGGUGGACAAGGAGAGCAUGGAACUCUGUUCCAAUGAAGAAGGUAGCCAAAUGGAUGCCAUAUUCCUCCCGUCCAGCAGGCCAUACAAGUGUAACGUAUGUGACAUGACAUUCGUCAGCCCCAACGAGGUUAUCAAGCAUCUGUGCUUUGCCCAAAAUGCUCAGGUUUUCUCAAUGUUGGAUAACCAGCCGACACUGCAAAAUGAAGAGCCUCCUAAAGAAGAGGGUUCAGAUUCUGGACAUUUAAUUACAUCUAUUAAAACUGAGGACAUUUUUGUAGAGUAAUAAUGAGGCAUUUUUAUAUUUGUAUAUAAAUGUAUAUGUUUUUUAUAAUAUUAAUUGUGGUGUUUGCAUACAAUAAUCUUAGUAGUUAGCAGCACACGUGGGUUUGUGUCGGUAUAGAUCAUGGAUGUUUCUCAGUGUUUUUCUAUGGGGAAAAAUGUAGGCUUCGUUGAGGUUGUUUUGAAAGUUGUCUUUCACCCUGAUGUUACUGCUAUGGAAUAUGCAGGCUACCAUCACAAGUUGUAUGUUUAGGAAAGGAAAUCUACAGCUCCCAUAGUGCCUUGCGCUCCACAUCCUGGUUCUUUUGUAAAAUCAGGGCCAGACAUAAAUGUUUUAAUGAAGCCUCCAUCCUUCUGAAAAACAUGUAUUGAUAAAAUCGAGCUUAAUGUAAUGUGCCAAUAAUAAUGUAAAGGAGAAAAAGCUUUUUUCCAUGCCACUUUCUCUUGUCCGAGAAGGGCCACCACACUGUAAUCCAUGGAAAACACUGGGUGUUUAAUGUUGAUAGGACUGUGAACAAAACCCUCCUUUCCUUGUCCCCUAAAUAUAAUAAAUUUGUUUUUGUUUAGGUUUUGAGUACACAGAUAUGUUUAUACUUUAAGACCUCAUACUUUUAGCCAAUUUAUUUCUCUUGAACAUGUCUUAAAAUACCUUUUUUUUUUAAUUUAGUAAACCUUUAUAACUUUAUAUAAUGUGCUAUAUUUACAUAAAAUAUUUUAUAUUGCAGAAAUGUAUAUUGUUUCUUUCAGGAACAAAUUGUCUGUGUAUCUGUGUUUAUUAGUAUUUCCACUUUUAUUGUUUUUGAUUUUAUAAUCAACAGACAUUUUAAUUAAGAAGUAAUGCAAUAAGACUGAAUUUGAAGUUAGCUUUUAUUUUCCCUGAUGUGGAAUUCGAUGGACUCUCAACAUUGGUUUAAUUUUCAGUAGGUGUCUGCAAUACAAGUAGAAAAACCUUAGAAAGAGCAGGCUUUAUAACAAGCCAGUUAUGCCUGCUAUUUCAGAGGUCACAUUGUGACAUAAGAGCAAAUGUUUCCAGACAAAGGGGUGUAGCGUAUAUGUAUGCAGUUGCAACUAAAAAGCAUUAAAUAUGCAUGCAAUAUUUAAAGUACACGGAAACCCAAUGUAUUGUAUUCAGUCUUCGUGGUUUAUAGUCAUGGAGUGAUGGUGAAAUGUAACAGAUUAAGUACUUGAAGAGAUUAGGGUAUCUUUAUAUUUUGAUGCAUUGAUAAAA